AUGCGCUCGACUUCCAACUAUGUUUGGGAUACGGUGGAAAACUACCCAGCUGGCCACGUGGAGAGCAUUAUGACUCUUAACAAGGAGAUACAUUAUCGCGAGGGUCUCUACGCCGGGUACCGUCAACAGUCACUUCAGACAUACACCCCGCGUUUCGCUUUUGGCCAUGGACUGUCAUACACCGCAAUCAGCUGUUCUAUCAAGAGCCCGGCUUUGUCUGCAUUUGGUCCGCGUCAAGAAAUGGUAAAGGUCAGUGUAGAAAUUCGAAACACUGGGUCGAUGGCUGCCAGUCAGACUAUUCUCCUUUCCAUCGAAGCUUUGGAGCCAGCGACACCAAGACCAAGCGUAGAGCUACGAGCAUUGGCAAAGACGGAAGUUCUAGAGCCGGGAACUUCCCAAGAUAUGGAUUUCUGCUUGAAAGUUCUCAACUUCUCGUAUUGUGAUGUCAAAGGCCAUCUUUGGCGCGUUGACGCGGGAAAUUACAUGAAAGCAGGGCGAACUCCAUAA